GCGACCAGACUCUCCAGACUUACUGUAAUUGCGUUUGCAUUUGUCUGCACUUUUCGCUCUCUAACAUGAAGGGGCAAGCAGAGUUAUUUCUUCUCUCUACUUGUAAAUGGUACAUUUAAAGUUCUGAGUGGAUCCAGUGGACUAAAAGAGCAGGAGUGGGAGAUUCAAGAGGUGCAAAAAUUACUGGAGUUAGGGGAAUUCACAGCCACUCACCUUUAUCUCUUCAGGCUACCAUGCGGCAGGUCUGGAUGAAGCUCAUCUUGGCCUGGAUAUCCUUGGCAACUGCUGUAUUUGGCCAAAGUGGAGACGAUGAUUGGGGUUCAGGCUCUGACAUCUACCCUGCCUUAAUGGCCACCAAUGAUACAUUGGAGGCUGUGGGUGAUGAGCCUGUGAGUGUGGAAAGCAACUAUCUCUUAGCCUCGCCAUCACCGCCCCCCUCGCUCCAAUUUGAACCCCAACCAGAUAACUGCUCCGUCCACUUUAGCACUAAUGCAGCGGUUUCAGAUCGAAAGCUGAAGGCCCGGAGAGAGGAGCUGGACUACCUGCGAGCUACUCAGUCUGGAAUCAAGACAGUGGUGGAGAACUUGGAGCAGUUCGUGGGGGCAGAGCUGGGGGAUCAGAAAUAUGAAGAUGUGAUUAAAGAAAACAUCAUCAGCAUCCAAGAAGAUCAUAAGGGCUGCAAUGAGGAUUUGGAGAAAGCGGAAGAAGAUUUGAAGAACCAGCUAGAAGGAGAUGGUACUGCCGGGAUGGAGAAAGUAAGAGAGGAGUCUGUGGUCUUUGGAGAGAUGCUUCGAGCUGCAGCAGACAUUGCCAGCAGGUUGGAGAGGUCAUCAAAAACCCUGCAUGCUUCAUUUACUCAGCAGCUGAAAGACAUUGUCAAAAUCCACCACUAGGAAAAUGAUGAAAAGGAUUUCAAAACUGCUUGGAUGUCAGUUUCCAUUUGAAUAAUAAUAACUACAUGAACGAAGGCUGACAAGCUGUUUUGUGCUCAGCAUGACAGACUUAAGUCUUUGGGUGUUUUUGUUACUUACGUAGAUGCAUGUAUAUGUCUAGUUGAACCUUCAGCAGAAUCAAAAUAGUUUAGGAAAUAUAUUUUGAAAGAAAAGGCUAGGAGAAGGGAGAAUGACAAGGUAAAACAAACUGCUCUGUUUGUGGAAGUCAUAAAAUCGCAACUUGUUAAAUAUUAUCUUUAAUUCAGGAAUUCUUUGUGGAAUAAGAUUGCAACAGCGUGUGGUGUAAGUUUGAGCCAAGUCUAAUAUUUAUGAACCAAACUAGAGGAGUCUUUU